UCACUUCCUUGCACUACAUAUAAACAUACUAUCAUCAAAUUCCCUCCUCCCUACAGUACAUAGCUUGCUUUGAUAUUCCAUUCCCAUGGCUUCCUCCUCUUCCCGGGCCCUCCUCCUCCUCGCCCUCCUCCUCCUCGCAACAGUAUCCACCAAUGCCUGCUCCACCUGCAAGCCCCCAAAGCCGAAGCCCUGCCCCUCCCCCCAGCCCUCCUGCCCUAGGGACACCCUCAAGCUCGGGGUCUGCGCCGACAUCCUUGGCCUGGUCAACAUCGUUGUCGGGACACCACCCACCACCCCUUGCUGCACCCUCCUCAAAGGUCUGGCCGACCUCGAGGCCGCCCUCUGCCUAUGCACAGCCAUCAAGGCCAAUGUGCUAGGGAUCAACCUCAACGUGCCGGUCGCCCUCUCCUUGUUGCUCAGCGCUUGCCAGAAGACUGUUCCUCCCGGCUUCCAGUGUGCAUGAUAUGUCGACCAAACAUAUAUCAAACCAAAUCAUUGAAUUCCUCAAAGGUAUAAUCUGAAAGUUUGUUCUUAUUGAUAUAUGUCAUCGGUUACUCAUUUUAGGGCUUAAUAAAUGUGCGAGAUUUUUAGGCUGGCGUUGUGUUCGUUCGUUACUCCUUAUUCUAGCAUGCCGAGGUCGUGUUGCAAGUUAAAACUCAGUUGCAGGUGCAAGUAUAUUUGGUUAUUAUUAUUUUUUUUACCUUCAAUAUUGUGUGAUGGGCCAAAAUGUGUAAUUGUUGCUGUGUUACUUAUUGACUACUAUUGUUUUGGGCAAUAAUGCCUUUGGUACAACCUUCUGAUGAGGCUGUAUUUUUAUUUUUAUUUUUUUCCCCCUUACUAGACAUAUAUAUUAUUGUUGUCAAUUAAUUAC